CAUGUUUGUUUUACUGCAGCAGGAUUGUGUUCAUGCACAGUGUGAUAUUUCAGUGUCUGAGAAGCAGUGAGCAAGACAGCAGUGAUCAACAAUAAUCUUAAUUCCCAGCCCAGCAGAUACCAGUUUAAGGAAAGAAAAAGAAAAAUAAAUGAUCAAACAAAGGAAUUACUUGAAGAGGAGUUGUAAGGCAAAAGUAUGUAAAGGUACUUAAGUUCUCACACUGGUGUUUUUCUUUGAAAAGAAGAUCUAAACUUUUAAAACCAGAAGGUGCUUUUCAGAGAACAUAAACAGGGAGGGAGAGGAGGGGACAAACUAAAAUAACUGAAGCAGUGAUGAAGUGAUGAAGGACUCGACUCUGUCUUUUCAAAGAGCACAGUGCGGAAAUCGUUUCUGUUGAAAGCCCCCAAGCAACCACUGAUCUGGCUUUUGACUCAGUAAAUUGAUUUCUGUGAGGAAGAAGCAACCAUGAAACUUCCUGUGGCCCUGGGCUGACUGAGAAGUGAGGGGUGCAGGGGCUGGGCCUAUCAGAAUUGUGGUCUGACCAGAAGGAACCUGGCUGGAGGUUUAAUUGAACACGUGGCUUCCUGGGGAGGUGCAGAGGAGGUGCUGCAGGGCAGGGGAGCAGCUGUGCAGAUACAGACCCUGGACUGAGCUUUGCUGCUUAUCAGAUAUCAGCCUCUCAGUCCUGCUGCACACCACAUCUGAUCCCAAGCAGGAGGAACAGUUCUUGUCCAUGUAGAAUGUUCAGUGAAGCACCUGAAGGAGAGGGAGUUCUGCCAUCUCGGUUUGGACUCGGUGGUCUUUGAGCUCUUGGUGGGUCCCUUCCAGCUCAGAAUAUCCAGUGGUUCUGUGACCCCACAUGACCCUGGUGUAGCUGCCCAGAAGGAGUUUCUUGCCACUCUGUAAAUCACCACUAAGGACAUCUGCCCCGACCUUGGAUCUCUGUUGGAGACUCUUCAUGUUGACUUCAAACUCAUUUGGGACAGCUUCUGCCUCACAGUUCCCCUUUCCACCACUGCUGAACUGUUGAUGCCGCAGAGGAAUUCCAGGCUCCAUGUGCUCCCACAGGAACAGCUGGGGCUGGAAGUUAUCAUGGGGGAUUUGUAGAAGAUGGAGCUUGGCAAGAGAUGUGAGGGCUCUCUGAAGGCCUCAGCCAGCAGGGGCCAUGCGAUGCUCCCUGAAACGGUCCCUCAUGGUUCUGCUCGCUGUCUCCUUCCUCCUCCUCCUCCUCCUCCAUGGGAGCAGCCGGCAGGAACAGGAUCCCCUGGAGGUGCAGCUCAGGGGCCUGGCUCCCAACAUGAUCCUGCAGCUGCUGCAGCCAGGGGGAGCCCAGCACAUCCUCAGGGACACAGCUGAGCUCUCUGCACUCCACAACAUCUCCUACCAGCUCCUCGCUGGCUCUCCGGCUCCCCAAAAAAAAUUCCUGGCGGUGGGAAUGGCAUCCGUGCAGAGGCCACGUGGUUUCUACCUCCUGGCCACACUGCAGUCCCUGUUCAGCCAGUCCACAGAGGAGGAGCUGCAGGAGAUGGUGGUGGUGGUGCACCUGGCUGACACUGAUCCUGGCUGGAACGUGCGCGUUGCCGCCACCAUCGCCCAGAAGUUUGCUCGCCACAUCCUCCUGGGCCGCCUCCUGCUCAUCCACGCUCCUCCUGAGUUCUACCCCACCCUGGAGGGCCUGAAGAGGAACUUCAAUGAUGCAGAGGAGCGGGUGAGGUUCCGCUCCAAGCAGAAUGUGGACUAUGCCUUCCUGCUCGCCUUCGCCGCCAACCUCUCCUCCUACUACCUGAUGAUCGAGGACGACGUGUGGAGCGCCAGGUCCUUCCUGACAUCCAUCCGCAGGGCACUGGCUUCCCAGGAGGGCUCCAACUGGGCCACCCUCGAAUUCUCCAAGCUGGGCUACAUCGGAAAGCUCUACCGCUCCAGUGACCUUCCUCGCCUGGCUCACUUCCUGCUCCUCUUCUACCAGGAAAUGCCCUGUGACUGGCUGCUGGUCCACUUCCGCCAGCUGCUCACCCAGAAGGAUGUGAUACGCUUCAAGCCAUCCCUCUUCCAGCACAUGGGCCUCUACUCCUCCUUCCAGGGCACUGUCAACCGGCUGAAGGACGAGGAUUUCCAGGCCGAUGCCUUGGACCUCCCGGACAACCCGCCGGCAUCCCUGUACACCAGCAUGUCCAUCUUUGAGAACUACAAGCCCCUCAAGGCCUACAGCUUGGCACAGGGCUACUUUUGGGGCAAAGACCCAGCAGCUGGCAGUACUUUUACCAUCGUGUUCCAGCAGCCAGCCCGAGUCCGCCGUGUCCGGGUGCGCACGGGCUCUGUGGAGCGCCCAGGCGAUUUCCUGCACGCAGGGCUGCUGGAGCUGGGCCAGCGCCGCGACCGCAGCCACGACUGCUCCUCCUACGUCCCUGUGGGCUCCUUCAAGAAGGGGACCCUGGAGCAGCAGGGCCUGGAGAAGGUCCUGCCUGGGCCCGUGGAGUGCGUGAGGAUCCGGGUGACCCAGGACCAGAGCGAGUGGCUCAUCAUCCAGAGCAUCGACAUCUGGACCACAGCAGGCACCUGAGCACACCUGUGGCAGGAUGUCAAAGCAGCUGGAUUUGGUUCCUUUAUUUUUCACAUUGCCUUUUUGGAUAAGAAAUUAAGUUAUUGGCUCUCACUGCUCCGUGUGUGGAGAGAUGGGAACCACUGCUGUGGGCUGCAGAUGGGUCUAAGAGCAGGGCCCAUCAGAAUGUACCUGCUGGGGAUGCCCCAAUGAGCCAAGGAGGGGACACAAGAAGGGGAAGGUGCUUGGGAAUUCAGGGCUGAGCAGCAGAAAACCUUUCCUCCUGGGGAGGAUGAUGUACAGGACAAAGCUGAUCAGCUAAUUAACAAACCAAAUAAUUCAUCAGGCAGUGGUUUGGUUUUUUUUUGGAGCCUCUCCACACCUUACCUGCUAUAAGUUUUCUAACUUUUUCCAAAACUCUCAAUUUCUAAUUCCCUUCUCUCUGAUCCCAUUUCCCAGCUGCUCCUGGAGGGGUCAGGGGAAAGUCUGGGGGUGCUGCUCACCAAACCCUUCACCCUGCAGGCUCAGCAAGCUCCCACUGGUGCCCGGCCAUUUCCCGGUGCCGAUCGGGGGCGACGGCCACCAGAUGGACCCAUCGGCCCGGCAGCGGGCAGCGCCUCCCACCAGCGCUCCUUGUUCCCGCCCUCCAAGAGAAAAAAACCAGUUGCCAGGGACUUCACUUCGUGUUUUUGCUUGGUUCACACGGAGCGGGAAGGACAGGCAAGAUGGGGCAUCCAGAAAGGCGAGGAACGCACAGAAUUGAGCACCAGGGAACAAAGAUAAGCCAAUGAAAAUGUGACCUUGGUAUAAUGUGAAGCUCUGGGUCCUUUUUAGCCCAGUGAGGUGCUGAAGGGUAACUGGGGUACACAAAGGAUCCCAAAAGCUGCUGUUUGGGUUUGUCUGGCUGGGCCAGCUUGGAGCGCUGGAUGCUCCACUAGCAGCUGUGGGCCCCAGCACGCCGGGCAGUGACUGGUACCUCUCCCAGUUAGGCUUUUAGCAACAAUUUCUCAGCUUCCUGCAAAGGAAGAAUUCCAGUCUGCUCAGCAUUCCCAUGGGAUAGCCCAGAGAACUCACUGACCUGUGCCAAGCAGGACCCUGCUCUGCCCAUGUUCCAAGCCUGGCUCUCCUGGAGCAGGGCAGUCACUGCCAGCAGGGAGCAGUGCCACUCCUGCAGCACCAUAACCACAGCUCUGGUUUGAGGUGGCAUCAGCUCACCUGCUGGGCACUCGCAGGCAGAUGGAGCCCCAGACCUGGCAUGAUGGGGUUUUUCCCCUGAAAAAAAGCCACUCAGGGAGUAGAUCUUUGCAUUUAAUAUGGAGGUGCUACACCAUAAACUUCAAAUAUUCUCAGUGGGAUCAAUACACACGGCAGAACCACUGCAGCUUCCUCCACACAGCCCAAGUCCUGUCAGAGCUCUUGGAGUGUUCUGAGUGGCACAAGUGUCCACUUCCCAGGGCCCGGAAAGGUGUUUCCAGUGCUCCAGGAGAGCCUUUGCCCCAGUUCUCUUGGACACAAAUGCUCCUGCCCACUGUGGGAGAACACCAAGGGUCACCAGUGUGGGCACAAAUCAAGAGGUUUCACCCCAGAAAGUUUUUAUCUACAGGUAAAGCGCAAAAAGAUAGAAAUGUAAAUCAGCUUUUUACCUGUUGGACUCUUACUGAUGUAGGUACUAACAGGUUUUGUGAUAUCCACAUGCCCAGAAGCAAGCUGCAGUCUCAGUUAUGCUGGUGUAAACCUGGACAGACUCCAGAGGCAUGGAAAUCUCUCCAUUUACAUCAGGAUAAGCAGAAGCGGCAGUGUGCACUGGCAGAAACUCCCUCCCCUUUGUUCCUGUGUGGCUCAGCACCACAAUGCCCAAGGACCAUCAGUGCAUACUGGAGGAGGAGGUGGUUGCUGCAUCCUGGAGAAACAUCA